CACUGACCUAAUAAACAUUUAUUUUCUUGUCUAAAAAAAUAUUAUUUAUUAAAAGCAACCACUUUCAUUAUGCCUGCAAGUUUUGUAAUUUAUAAAAUAAGAAUGUUGUUAGACUGGAAAACUACAAUACCACAGAGAUAGACCAUGGCUGCAGAAACACACAAAGAUGAGCUAAUAUGGAUACCAAAAGAGGAUGAAGAAGAGCGAGCAAGAGUUGAUAUCUACAAAUACAUAUUCGGGUUUGUAGAAAUGGCUGUAGUGAAAUGUGCCAUUGAGCUCGGAAUAGCUGACGCCAUAGAAAGCCAUGGACGCCCCAUGUCUCUCCUGGAAUUAUCAUCAGCCUUAGGCUGUGCUGCUCCAGCCCUUCUUCGCAUCAUGAGGUUUUUAACAAACCGAAAACUAUUCAAAGAGAUCAGAAUAAACGAAAAUAUUCAAGACUCUGAACAGCCUAGUUUAUACGCGCAAACUGCUCUUUCUCGCCUUAUCCUGAGGUCUGGCGAGAAAAGCAUGGCGACGUUCGUGUUGAUGGAGAGCAGCCCUCCCAUGCUGGCUCCAUGGCACGGCCUAAGUGCCCGCGUCAAGACUGAAGUUGAUGAUUCUUCGGCGCCUUCACCAUUCGAAGUGGCCAACGGCAAAGAUGUGUGGAGCUACGCGGCAGCGAAUCCCGGCCACAGCCAGCUCAUUAACGAAGCGAUGGCAUGCAAUGCUAGGGUGACGGUGGCAGCAAUAUUGGACGGGUGUUUGGACGUGUUUGAUGGGAUUGGUACCAUCGUCGACGUUGGCGGCGGUAAUGGGACAGCUUUGCGAAUGUUGGUUAGCGCUUGUCCUUGGAUUCGAGGCAUCAACUUUGAUCUUCCUCAUGUUGUGUCUGUUGCGCUAAAAUCUGAGGGUGUUGAGCAUGUUGGUGGUGACAUGUUUAAGUUUGUUCCUAAAGCUGAUGCUGCUUUCCUCAUGUCGGUUCUUCAUGAUUGGGAGGACGAUGAGUGUAUCCAAAUACUGAAGAAGUGCAGGGAGGCUAUUCCUGAGAAUAAGGGGAAGGUGAUAAUGGUAGAAUGUGUUAUUGAAGAAAAUAAUAAUAAUGUAGAAGAAAAGCAUGAAGAGCUGGAGCUUAAAGAUGUGGGUUUGUUCCUUGACAUGGUCAUGAUUGCUCAUACUAACAAAGGCAAAGAGAGGACCUUAGAGGACUGGGCCUAUGUUCUCGCCCAGGCUGGUUUUAAUCGAUACAAUAUUAGAGCCAUCAACGCUAUCUACUCUAUAAUUGAAGCUUUUCCAAAUUAAUUUGCAAGAUCGUAAAAAUUAGAAUAAAAAAAUGCGAACCCACCGUAACUUUAUAUAUAUGCAUACAAUAAUGGUGGGAUUGCAUAUAUAGUUUGUGUUUUAUUAUAUCAGUAUUUUAAUUUUCAAUAAUAAUAACAUCUGGUUCAAUUCUUAAUUUAAAUUAAAGAAAAAAAAUACUGUUUUAAU